AUGUUGUCCAACUUGACCAACAACGCCACCCUAACGCCACUCCCGGCCUGGAUCGUCCACCGACCAGCACUGCUCCUGUGGUUCUGGCUGGUGGUGUGCCUGAGCCUGAUCGGCACCGUCUUCAGCGUGGCCGUCAUCACCAUCAUCCUCUCCUCCAAACGCCUGCGUGCCGGCUCCGGCGUCCUCCUCCUCAACUUCCUCUUCAGCAUCCUCCUCCAGUGCAGCGUCGGGAUGCCCAUGGUCACGGCCUCCGCGACCGGCAUCCCGCUGGGCAACCAAUCCACCAACGCCUACUGCCGCGUCGCCAUGUUUGCCUUCUACAUCUGUAUCAAAAGCGUGACCCUGACCGACAUGAUGAUCGGGAUCAACCGCUUCGUGGCCAUCUGCUUCCCGCACAGCUAUCCCCAAUGGAUCCGGCCCCUCCCGCUGACCGUCAUGGUCUUCUUACCCUGGUUGCUCCCGGUCAUCAUGGCGGUGUUGCUGCUGUACCGCGUGGGCGGGGAGUUGAAAAGCGCCCUCCCGUGGGGCGCCUGCGUGGCGCAGUACACCGACACGUACUCCUCCUUCCUGUCCGUAUUCCUGGGGGUCUUUUUCCCGGUGGGCGUGUUGACCGUGGUGUUUACGCACGACGACCACUAA